AAAGGGGAAAGAAAGAAACAGACUCUGCACUCUUUCCUUCAGUGAGCACAGCAACACACACACGGAUACCACUAGCAGGAGCACACAGAGCACUCUGCCAGCUGUUCUGUCUACUAGUCAAGACUUCACACUGAGGAAACUCCCUCAGUUCUGAAAAGACUGCAGCACUUAAGCAGCUAUGGUUAUAGAGACUAUAUGAAGUCAUCAAAGGACAAAGAUGGCAAUCGACUCAAAUGUAAUAAUCCAGGAGAAGAUGAUAGCAUCCUAAUCUUUGUUACAUAUCUGCUCAUUUUUGAAAUACAAUAGAGUCAAAGGAGCCUAGUAUGUGUCUUGUAAAUGGAGUUGGAACAAAUCUAUGCCCCACGAUGGAAAUAGGAAAAAGCAGUUCAGCUACACCUGUAGGCUUCUGUUUCCGAUACAUUAAUAUGACCAUUUCCAUGAGUGGCCAAAAGCCUAUUACCUCUUUUUGGUUCUCAACUAUUUUUGCAAUCAUUGGCCUUUCUUCUAACUUGUUUGCUCUUUGUGUCUUGGUCAAUGCAUCAAAGAAGACCCGAAGCCGCUCACGUUCCUCUUUUUUAAUUUUUCUAUGUGGUUUGGUGGUCACAGACUUCAUGGGACUGUUAGUAACUGGCAUUAUUGUGGUGUCUUAUCACAUUACACAAUUUGACUGGCAGGUUCUUGAUGAAGAUUGCCAUCUUUGCAAUUUUUUGGGACUAUCUAUGGUCUUUUAUGGACAAUGCCCUCUUUUACUUGGUGCAGCAAUGGCUGCUGAACGGUUCUUUGGUAUAAACAGACCAUUUUCACGUUCUGCAAAUCUGUCAAAAAGGAGAGCUUGUGGCAUCGUGGUCAUGGUGUGGUGCUUUGCUUUUGUUUUAGCUUUGCUUCCUAUAAUGGGCCUUGGACAGUAUACCUUACAGUACCCAAAGUCAUGGUGCUUCCUGACAUUGCUACAAGACUCGAAGAAUAAAGCUUUUGGUUUAAUCUUUUCUCUGACCGGCAUCUUCUGUGUCUGCUUCUCAUUUAUCCUAAACACUAUCAGCGUGGUGACCUUGUGCAGAGUUUAUCAUGACCGAGAGUCUGUCCAAAGGCGCAGGGACAGUGAAGUGGAAAUGAUGGUGCAGCUCGUUGGGAUCAUGAUUAUUGCUAGUCUAUGCUGGCUUCCAUUACUGGGUUUCAUAGCACAUACCGUCCUUCAGCAACCAAAUGAUGGACUGACAGAUGAAGAGAUUCCCAGACACACAGAAAAAAUUCUUCUAAUUUUCCUCCGAGUGGCAACAUGGAACCAGAUACUGGAUCCUUGGGUUUAUAUCCUGUUCAGAAGAGCAGUCUUAAAGAGAAUUUACCCUAGCUUGAAUUCCCGCCCAUCGAUUAUGUCAUUAUAUCCAACACUUACUGCUUCCUUACGACGCAAGUACACGCAAGACUCCGUUAUCAAUUAAGCAAAAUGCUGUGGACAACUACUUCUGCACUUCAGUGUAUUGCAUAAAUGCAUGGGCAAAGCAGUCUUGACAAAUAUUUAUAAAAGUAGGCGCUGUGUUAUAAAAUCAAAGUAUUGUGGCCCGUUGUUGUAAAACUUAGACAGUUUAUCAAAAUGAAAUCUGAUCUGAAAAUAUUAAGAAUUGUGUUGAAUAUACAAGACACGUAUAGUAUAUAUGCUAACACAAAGUCUUAAAAAAACAGCUGAGUUGUAUUAUGGUAAUUUUUGCUAUAAAAUAUGCAUAAAUUAAUUAUAACUGUUCUGCAGCUGCUACUGUCCAGGCUUUUUUAAUCCCAGUAAUGGUAGAGAAAAGUAUUGUAUUUCCACUCAUAAGGAACACACCUGUGUCUGGCAGCAGGGAAACCUAGUCAACCCGGCCUGCACCAAUAUUGUGACAUAAUGUUUAUUUUACGAGUCUCAUAUUUGCAGUUUCAAAAACAAAAAUAUGCUCAAAAUAUGUUCUUCAUACUAAUAGAUUUAGCUAACAGCAAUAUUGUGUGCUGAGCGUUUGGAGAGUGGGGUGCAAGGUUAUAAAGUAAUCUAGAGAGUCUGGUGCAUCUGCAGUAUAUAUAUAUAUAUAUAUAUAUAUAUAUAUAUAUAUAUAUAUAUGAAAUUGUGCCUGUUUUACAAAUCCAUGCUUAUAAAUUUCAUUUAACUUUGGAAAGAUAUUUGCAGACUUCGUCCUGUGAUCAAGAUGUAAAUUGUCAGCAAAAGAUAAAUAUUUCCUUCAAAGUGCUAGCCACAAUUCCAUUGAACCUUCUCAUUGAUUUAUAUGAAAUUUUCUUAUAUUUUCGCCAAAAUAUUGUUCAUUUGACCUUUAUUUUUGCUGUAAUGUUGCUAAUUAAAGUAAGGGAAUAUCUGG